AUGUUCAAUAUUGACCAUGGGUAUUUGGAAGCCCUUAUCCGUGGAUUCAAAACAGGACUGCUUUCACAAAGUGAUUACGCAAAUCUUGUCCAAUGUGAAACUCUGGAAGAUCUGAAGUUGCACAUACAAUCUACUGAUUAUGGAAACUUCCUUGCCAAUGAACCUGGAUCGAUCACCGUGCAAGUGAUCGAUGAGCGACUAAAGGAGAAACUGGUUACUGAGUUCACUCACUUGAGGAACAAUGCUCUGGAGCCUCUCGCGACAUUUUUGGAUUAUAUCACGUAUUCAUACAUGAUUGACAAUAUUAUUCUUCUCAUCACUGGAACACUUCAUCAGCGUCCUAUUUCUGAGCUUAUCAGCAAGUGCCACCCUCUGGCUAACUACUUUGUUGACUGCAUUAAUGAGCAAGAUCUUGAUGAGAUGAAUGUGGAGCUGAUUAGAAACACGCUGUACAAAGCCUACAUUGAAGAUUUCUACAGAUUCUGCAAGAAACUGGGAGGCACUACUGCUGAAGUCAUGUGUGAGAUUCUCGCUUUUGAAGCUGAUCGCAGAUCUAUCAUUAUCACAAUCAACUCUUUUGAUACAGAACUGAGCAAAGAUGAUCGUGAGAAACUUUACCCUAGAUGCGGUAAAUUGUACCCAGAAGGCCUUGCCGGUCUUGCUCGAGCGGAUGACUACGAGCAGGUGAAACAAGUGUGCGAAUUCUAUGCUGACUAUAAGCCCUUGUUUGAAGGGCACCGGUAA